AAAAUAAUGUCUUUAGCCGAUUUUGUGAAUGAACAAAAGAACAAAUCAGGAAAUAGAAAUUAUUUUAAUGUGGCAACAUUUGGUUCUAAAGUCAGUAAAUCAUUCAACGGAUUCUUCAAAACAAGCGACAGUAUUGAUGACACGGAAAGAUUAACGAGUGAACCUGCACAGAAUGGACAGCUUCCUUCGAAUAGAAAUAGACGUACUGGUUGGAUGAGCUUUUCCUCCUCUUCUUCAACUUCAGUAAAUGGCCAAGUAACUGCAGAUGCUAAUCCAUGCGGACUUAGCCGUUUUCAACGCAUUGCAGCGUUUUUUCUUUGUUUGUUUGCUGCUGGAUUUUGUUUUACCACGGCAAUGAUGUUGUUACCAAUCUUAAUUAUUCAAACAAGAAAAUUUGCAGCUUUAAAUACCCUUGGUUCUGCUUUUUUUGUUGUCAGUUUUGGCUUUCUUUGGGGACCAGUUCCUUAUUUUAAAUUUCUCUUCUCUGAAUCUAGACGAUUAGUGACUGCUAUUUAUUUAAUCAGUGUGAUUACAACCCUUUAUACUUCUUUAUGGCUUAAAAGCACAGUUCUUACAAUUAUUGCUUCGAGUUUUGAGGCUUUUGCUUUAAUUUGGUAA